AAUGAGCAGCAGAGCUUCGAGAUCCGCGCUGCUUUCUGGGAGUCUAAAGCGAAUGAAAACACACUUUUGUACAGAAACUGCAAUAUUGUCGUCCAUGAAGCGCGUCGUUUCAACGCAGAUGGGCCUCGGUGAAGGCAGAGGUACACAAGUGAAAGCCGUUUCAUCGAUGACAGGCUUUUGAAUGAUUGAAGAUUCAGGCAGAAACAGCAGCACCAUGGCAGACAGAAGACAACUGUUUGCUGAAAUGCGUGCUCUAGAUCUAGACUCUAUCAGAUUGUCCACUUACAGGACAGCAUGCAAGCUGAGAUUCAUCCAGAAGAGGUGCAAUUUGCAUUUAGUGGAUAUCUGGAAUAUUAUCGAGGUUUUCCGGGAAAACAGACUCAACUCAGUGGAGCUCAGUACAGAAUUUUCAGUGUCACAUUUGCAAGCUAUACUCUCCACCAUUUUUCAGCAGCUGAACAAGCGCUUGCCCACAACACACCAGAUCAGCGUGGACCAGUCCAUCUCGUAUCUCCUCAACUUUCUCUUAACAGCGUAUGAUCAGGAAGGUGUGGGGAAGAUCUCGGUUUUUGUGAUGAAGAUGGCUCUGGCUGCUCUUUGUGGAGGGAAGAUUUUGGACAAACUAAGAUAUAUAUUUUCACAGAUUUCAGACCCAAACGGGCUGAUGAUUUACUCACAGUUUGACCAGUUCCUCAGAGAAGUGCUGAAACUGCCAGUGUCGGUGUUUGAGGGUCCAUCUUUUGGCUACACUGAGCAGUCCACAAGAUCCUGCUUUCCACAAGAGAAAAAGGUGACGCUCAAUGUGUUUCUCGACACAUUCAUGUCAGAUCCUCCUCCUCAGUGUCUGGUUUGGCUUCCGCUGAUGCAUCGGCUGGCAAAUGUUGAGAACGUUUUUCAUCCAGUGGAGUGUUCGUACUGCCACAGCCAGAGCAUGAUGGGAUUUCGCUACCGAUGCCAGCAGUGUGAUAAUUACCAGCUCUGCCAGGAGUGUUUCUGGAGAGGCCACGCGUCAGGCAGCCACAGUAACCAGCACCAGAUGAAGGAGUACAUGUCAUGGAAAUCUCCAGCUAAGAAGCUGUCGGACGCUCUCAGUAAAUCUCUGAGCUGUGCGGCGAGUCGAGAGCCUGCAUAUCCACAGUUCUCGGAUACACCUGAGAAAACACUCAACCUUAAUCACAUUGUGGGCACAUGGCCGCCCAGACCCGCGGCCACUGGAAAUGAGUACAUGCUUUCUCACUCCAUGCCUUCCUCAGGAAACCCUUACUCCAGCAAAGCCGGUGCUCAUGAUGAGACAAAUCAAAUGAAGCGGUUUUCCCGGACCACUCCAGAUCUUCUGAAAGGGAAAGGGGUUCAGUACAGCCUCGAUAUUGCUGAUAGGCUCGCAGAUGAGCACAUACUUAUCGGACUUUAUGUGAAUCUUCUGCAAAAGGAGCAAUUAUGUUUCCAGCAGAGCAGUAAAAACCAGGAUGACGAGCACUGCCUCAUUGCCAGAUACGCCUCCCGAUUGGCUGCAGAUGAAGUUGCUGCGCAGAAGGGCAGAGUGCCGACAGACAUCUCUCUCUGCCUGGACUCCAAUAAACAGCAGCGACAACUCAUUGCUGAGCUGGAAAACAAAAACAAGGAGAUUUUGCAAGAGAUUCAGCGCUUGAGACAGCAACACGAGGAAGCCUCUGAGCCUCCAUUAGACAAAAACCAACAAAAUCCAAUGUUACUGGCUGAACUGAGAUUGCUCAGACAGAGGAAGGAGGAGCUGGAGCAGAGGAUGUCGGCCCUUCAGGAGAGCCGUCGAGAGCUCAUGGUGCAGCUAGAACAGCUCAUGCUCCUCUUAAAGGAAGAAGAGCUUAGAAGAGCUAACCAGGGUCCUGGCCCCUCCCCUCGCUCCUCCCCCAGCCACACUCUCAGCGCAUCCGUCCAAUCACUGUCUGGCAACUCCACGCCCAUUCCUAUGCCUGUCCAAUCAACAUCCGGAAACACCACACCCAGUCAGACCCCUCAGGACUCGCUGAUGGGCCUCGGAGGAGAAGUGCAGCAGGCCUUCGCUCAGGGCUCCAGAAGAAACUUAAGAAGCGAUCUCCUGGUAGCUGCAGACUCCAUAACCAACACAAUGUCUUCACUGGUCAAAGAACUCAACUCAGAGGCUGGAAAUGAAAGCAACAGCAUCUCAGACUUCACGUUUCCAUUGUCAGACGUUCUCCACACACGCAGCUCUUCUAGAUCAGGGGCAGCAGGUAAAUUGGAGCCGGAAGAUUACUAUGGCCACGAGGAUCUGGAGAAGCAGCUGAAGAUGGAGGAACGGCUCAGACACUCGCAGGAACCCGACAAGAACCUCCUGGUGACUUUACAAGAAUAGCUGCGCUUUAAUAAGCAGUGGAGGCUCUAAAGCACUGUGCAACCAGCCCAAACACACAACACUUCUGAAAAGCAUCAACAAUAGCCAAUCUAUUAAUAUCCAAAUCUAUUUUUAGAAUCGACUAAACGUUUUAAGACAAAACUGUGAAGCGACUUUGGAAAUGACAACUAAUGGAACUGUCUACAACACCGCCAGUGCCAUAAAUACAGUGAUUAUGAGAUUAUUUCAUUGACUUAGUGUAACUGCGUUCGUUCGUUCGCCUUUGGUUUUAGUUUCCGUGUGUUUAAAUGUUUAAAACCUGUACUGUAUUUAAAUAUUGUUGCAACGUAGGCUCAUUCUGCGUCAAUUGGUGCUUUUGAAAACACUAUUGGUUAGGUUUAGUGAAGGAGGAGGGUGAGUCAGUCGAUCGGUCAGUCAGUCAGUCGACAGCGGCCUCUGGUGGAUUUACGCAAGAACAGCAGGUGCAAAUGGCACUCGCGAGAGAAAUUUGAGAUCUGAAAAACCGUACACAGCGGCCUCUGGUGGAUUCGCGAAAACUAAAACUGCAAAAAAAUUUAAAACGCAGCACCUGGAACGUAUUUGGCGCUCUCCGGAAAUGUAUAUAGGGGAACAUUUUCUGAAUGAGCCUGGGUUGUAUCUGUUCGGGCUAAUGUGGGGUGACGUUUAAUGAAGCUGCUAUCUUUAUCAACAAUGUCUUUUCUUGUACAUUAAAUAGCUGGACAGGAUGGACUUUUAAAGCAUAAAAAGUGGGAUUAUGUUGUAGCGUCAGUUUUUCUGAAAUCAUUUAAAAUUUUUGUCAUAGUCUUUGAUACACAAAUACACUGCCUUAGCUUACCAGAUUGAGUUUUGUUCCCUAUAAAUGGAUAGGUAUGUGUAUUUUAUUUCCGUUUAUACUAUCUUCUAAAGACAUUUUAAUUAUUAAAGGUGCGGUAUGUAAGUUUCUGACGCUUCUAAAGCAUAAAAAUACCAUAAUAUGUUUGCAGAUAUUUAGGAAACAUGCUAAGUGAACAUUCUUGUUUAUCUGAAAAACAAUGCUAAAGUCAGAUAUUCUGCUUCGAAAAUGUGCAUUACGUGCUAGUACGGCUGUCUUUGUUUUGGUCAUUUAACCCACUCAAUUCCAGUUUAGCCAGUUAUAUUUCAGCACCGCAGGUUGCCUUGUUGGAAAAUCACAUAUUUCAUUCAUUCAGUCAGGAAGGCUUUCAAAGCGUGCGUCUGUGACCGAAAUAUGACCUCCAGUGGACAGUAGGAGACUCCGAACUGAGAAGCAGAUUCAGAGUUCCACAUGAGGUUAUUAAUUAGCAAAUAAUAUAAAUAUUACUAAACGUAAACAUCAGGUGAGCAGGUUACAUUGUAACCCGUGUCCUAACAACACGCUACAUGAUGAGAUUUACUGUGAUAAACAAUUUGGUUGUUUACACCAGACUAAAAAGACGACAAUACAGCCAUUCCGAAGCACAGCAUAGUGCACUCACUGCACUCCAGCAAAAUGGUAAGGUUUAUAAUCUAAUUAAUACAUAUUAAACCUCUUUAAUAUUAUUAAAUGAAGAUGCUGAAUCACUGAUAUGUGUUGGCUUCCACUGAGUCACAGUUCUAAAGUUCAAUUUUAAACUAUUUAUUUUAUUUUAAAGAUCUGAGGUGAACCAUCUGCUGCUGCUUUGAGUAGUAUGGCAAUAAAUGUCAUGUAAAAUGGCAUUCAAACUCACAUUAUUAGCAUUUAACACUGAAUAAAACACAUGAGGUGUACCUCAGGUGGUCAGUUUGUUCAGCUGCAAGAAACAGAAGCCAUUUCUAAUAUAUAAAUUCCAGGUGUUGGUUAGGACAAAACUUCUUUUAAUAUGAAAAUAUCCCCUCUAUCGCAAGCCAUUGCUUUUAUAGAGAACAAUGGUUAAAUCAGCCUUUAGGCUCGAUAGUCAGGCACACUGCUGUUGGUGUCAUCAAUCUGGCAAUCUGUGCUUGCGUGUGUUUUGAUCCAGGAAUGCAAUACCUAGUUCAACCACUGGGUGUCAAACUUACAUACUGCACCUUUAAGAAGAGUUUAGAAGCAGGUGAAUGUGAUGAAUUCAUCACUAGAUCACAUUAGGUUUUUUUGUGAAUGAAAUGAUUUUAAAGGGGGCCUAUUAUGCAAAAAUCACAUUUAUAAGGGGUUUAAACACACCUAUGUGGCAACAGACUCUGAAUAUAACCAGCCUCUAAUAAUAAAAAGGUAUUCAUUUUUUAUUUUUUAUAAUCACACUUCAUUAAAACAGUGUGUAGAAACACUUUGAUUGACAUUUUCCCUUUCGUACGUGUCAUCAGAGGGGGAAAGCCCCGCCUAUCAGUGAUGAUAUCUCCCUCAUUAGCAUAAGACAUUAGUCUUGUUUUUGAAUCUGCCACUAUGCUGACACAGGCGUUUGCAGCUCCGCCAUCUUUAAAAACAGCACUAUCUCAUUUGAAUUUAAAGUGACAGUCGCCAAAAUGGCACAGUUAGGAUCA